AUGGCGUCAGAUCUUGAUCAGCUCAUCGAGAUGGGCUUCGAUAAAGAGCGUGCGGAGCUGGCUGUCUCCAAGGCUGGCGGCUUACAGGGAGCUCUGGAAUGGCUUGAAGACAACCAGGACAAGUCACUCGAGGAAAUCAAAGAGGCACAGACCCAAGAAGCAGAAGACGACGAGGGCCCCGCCUUACAGCCAGGCGAGGAGGCCCGUAGCUUGGUCUGCAACGAUUGUGGCAAGAAGUUCCGCAGCCACGCCCAAGCCGAAUACCACGCGUCCAAAACACAGCAUGUCGACUUUUCUGAGUCCACCGAGGAGAUCGCUCCAUUGACCGAGGAACAGAAGCAGCAGCGACUGACUGAGUUGAGGGAGCGUUUGGCAGCGAAACGGUCGGUACAGUCUGAGCAGGAUAAGGUGGACCAGAAGAGAAACGAAGAAAUCCGAAGAAAGAGCAACAAGGACAACCAGACUGCGAAGGAGGAGCUGGAGCGGAAACAGAUGGCGAAGGAGGCGGCUGCCAAGAAGAAAGAGAAGCAGGACGAGAUCGAUGCUAAGAAGCGCAUCAGAGCUAAGAUUGAGGCUGACAAGGAAGAGCGCCGUCUGAGGACAGAACGCGAGCGUGCAGAGCGUGCCGGUGUGGCCCCUCCUCAAGCUGCUGCUGCUCCUGUGGCCACAACAUCCGGACCAGUUGCAUCAAAGCCUGCAUCUGCCUACACCGAAUCUCGUCUCCGAUUCCAGACGUCCAAAGGCAACAUCAUGAAGACCCUUCCUGUAGAGACCACUCUGUUUGAGGUUGCCGCAGCCCUGAAAUCGGAAGAUGGCAUCGAUGUUCAGAGCUUCUCCCAGAACUUCCCAAGGAAGGUUUUCAAUGCUGAGUUCUUUGGCGAGACGUUGAAGGAACUGGGUCUGACACCAAGUGCUAGUUUGAUUGUUCAGUGA